ACUAAACAAGUCUCAUUUAAUUUCCCACGACUCUUCGUCGUAUAAAUUCCCAAUCCACUCAUCGAAAUAUUCAAUUUUUUUUAGAAAUAAUUUAACAGUUGCCAUUUUAGUGUAUAUUUCCAUCUCAGAUUGAUUGAGUACGUUGGACAAAACCAAUUAAAAAUCAUGAAACUCCUAGAAAUCAUUUGUAUUUUUUUUGCCACGUUAUGUAUUUUUUCGUGUGGAAAAGUUUCAUUAGAAAAUAUUUAUCCACCGGAUGUAAUUGAGGAUGGAAAACUUUUAACGGAUGAACUUAUAAGGAAAUACAAAUAUCCCGCAGAGACACAUUUCGUUAUAACAAGUGACAAAUACAUUUUAAGGAUGCAUCGGAUACCGAAACCUGGAGGAAGGCCGAUUUUACUUCAACACGGUCUGCUAGAUAGUUCGGCAACGUAUAUUUUAAUGGGACCGAAUUUAGCUUUGGGAUAUUAUCUAUACGAUCUGGGAUAUGACGUUUGGAUGGGAAAUGCAAGAGGAAAUCGAUAUUCCCGCAAUCACACAACACUUAAUCCGGACAUUGAUAAGGCAUUUUGGAAUUUCAGUUGGCACGAAAUUGCAGUUUUUGAUAUUCCUGCAAUGAUUGAUUAUAUCUUAUAUCAAACGAAUUCAUUAAAAUUAAUUUAUGUUGGACAUUCACAGGGAACAACAGUCCUUUUCGUCAUGUGCUCAAUGCGUCCUGAAUACAAUGAGAAAAUUAUUCUAGCACAUGCAUUGGCCCCCGUCGCAUUCAUGAAACAUAUCCGAACUCCACUAUUGCCACUGGGACAACAAGGCAUUGAAAUUCCAGUUAUUAAAUCAAUGUUGGAAUUCUUACCAAAUGCAAAUCUAUUCAAAGGCAUUUGUAUGAGUGGACAAAAUGCCGAAGAAGUUUGCUUAAAUGUUUAUUACAUGCUUGUUGGGAAAGACGUUAAACAGUUUAACAGAACAAGAUUUAUAAUGGUUUUGGGUCAUUUGCCAGCAGGAAUUGCUAUGAAACAAGUCACACAUUAUUUGCAAUUAAUCAAAUCCGAUAAAUUUCGACAAUAUGAUUAUGUGGAGGAGAAUAAGAAGAUUUAUUGCCAAAAUGAACCUCCAGAUUAUGAUUUGAAAAAAGUUACAGUACCAAUUGCUAUGCAUUACAGCUUAAAUGACUACUUGAGUGAACCAGUUGAUGUGGUGAGAUUGAAGGAACUUCUGCCAAAUGUAAUUGAUUUUCAUAAAAUGGAAAUACCACAAUGGAAUCAUAUGGACUUUUUAUACGCAUUUGAUGCUAGAAAGUUGCUCUAUACCCGAAUUCACGAAUUGAAUAAAAGGUUUUUCAUUGAGAAAUAA